AUGAUCAGGAGGCAAAAAGAGCUGGUGGGUGGUUCGGAGUGGCAAUGGAAAAUGCAGUCAGAAGUCACAGCUCCGGAGAAUCCGUUUGUUGAUAUUCCAAUAUUCCGAACUUCGAGAAGAUUAUUGGCCGCUUUCGUCUUUAGAGGUUGUAGCUUUAAUUCAGCCAAAACUACAAGUUAUGCAACUUUAUGGCCCAUUCUGGAUACUGAUACAUAA